CUUAAGAGUUAAGAGUUGGACUUGGCUUCUUAGCAUACUUUAAACCAUGCAACUCUGAAUCGUGUCCCAUCGCUCAUCAUGUUUGUUUUUUUAACCGAUUUGAAUAUUUAUUACUCUCCGCACAGCCUGAUCCAAUACAAUAGCGAUUAGCGACGGUUUCUAUUGCGGUUCCUUUUUCGGAAUUCUUUGAAUUCAACAGUCCCCCAACGCGUUUUCUUGCACACCCUUCUCUUCCCUUUACACAAGAAAACUCUCUUCUACUUCUACUACCAACCAAAACAGCACCUGAUUCUUUGGGAAUAAUCUAGCAUUGUCCCCCCAAUCAUUGCCGAGAAUAAAUGCUGCCAACUCGUGAUACCCGGAAUUCUUUAUCCCUUCUUGCUGCUUUAUCUCAUCGAUCCGCUUCAUCGCAAGGAGGGACUUUGCUGGGGAGUUCGAGCGGAAGUUGAUCAAAAGUGAUGUUCUUGGUGAUGUUGGUUUUGCUUCUUAUUGGGUUCGUUGUUGGGGCCCUGACGAUUUUGGCCGCCGAGGCAGUGGGGGUGUAUUUCAUCAUAAAUUGGUUGGAUCAGAAGACCAAAAAGAAAGAAGCCCAGAUAGCUUCACAGUCGCAAGAGCCUCUUCCGGAACUUGAUCCCCGUGAAUCCAUCAAUUUCGCUUGCAACAAGAAGGGGAUAGUAUGGCUUCUAGAAUCAGAAAAGAUUCCGAAAAAUUGGCUGGACAAAGUACCAAAGGAUCAAAAGAAAAAGAAGGAUUUCUUGGAGGUUUUCCCUGUUAAAAAGCAUGCAAAAAUCAAGGAUAAAAAACUCUUUCUGACUGAAUUAGACGGUUCGCACACAGCUAUUGAGCUUAAAGGCUGCAUAAUUGAAGCUGUUUCAGCAUCAAACAUAUCUUCAAGAAAAUGGGCCAAAAGGUUUCCCAUAAAAUUGGAAAGCAAGACCUCAGUACUUUACAAUGGAAGUAAAACUUUAUACAUUUAUCUUGAGACUUCCUGGGAAAAGGAAUCAUGGUGUAAAGCCCUCCGUCUAGCUUCAUGUGAGAAGAAGGAAAGAGUUGAUUGGUUUUCCAAGCUCCAUGAAGAAUUUCAUGGUUACUUGACAACCUUAAAUGCAGGAUAUCCUUCGUUUAUGAAACCUUCAGUAGGGUUCUGUGCUGAGCCAGUAGAUCAGACAAAUAGGCCUGAUGGAACUUCCUCAAAGUUUCUCUUACUUUUGAAGAAACUUGCAAAAAGGACUGCUAGGGUUGGUCUAGAAAAUAAGCCAAGCUUCACUUCAUUAUCAGGUCGUGUAGAGAGAAAGGCGAGUGAGAGAGUUCGCCCAUUUCAAGAGACAGUAGCAGCAGCCACUGGCUUGGGGAAGACUACUCUAUCAGUGACGAGAUCUAAGAGUGAAGAAAAUAUGGUUCAACAAUCAUCAUCAACAUUUUCUCAUAGUGGAAGCCAAAGUCAUAUCUCUGUCAUCUCUGAUGUAGAUUCUGAUGAUAAGUUUGGUAACGAUGAUGGCACACUUUGUUGGAACUUGUUAAUUUCACGGCUCUUUUUUGAUAUGAAAGGCAAUGCAGAGAUUAAAAGAUCUGUACAAUCACGGGUGCAGAGGACACUGUCCAGUAUGAGAACCCCUAGUUACAUAGGUGAAGUCAUCUGUACUGGGAUUGAUCUUGGGAAUCUCCCACCUUACAUUCAUGGUAUGAGGAUUCUUCCAAUGGACAUGAAUGAGGUAUGGGCGCUAGAAGUUGACAUUGAAUAUUCUGGUGGCAUGCUUUUAGACAUUGAAACAAGACUUGAAGUUCGUGAAUUAGAUUUCGAGAAAGGCAUGGUGAAUUCAGAUCCAGUAUCAACCUCAGAUCUUCUUGAAGGUUUAGAGUUCUACGGAAAGCAGUUGAGUCCUGUGGGAGGGACAGUUGAUGUGCCAGAGCAGAAGGAGGAAGAUGGAUUGAAAAGCUCAAAGAGCACUGUACCAACAUCAACAUCAUAUGGUUCUAGGUGGAAGUCUAUUCUGAAUUCCAUUUCCAGAAAGGUUUCACAGGUACCUCUCUCUUUGACCAUAAGGGUAACAUCCCUCCGAGGAACAUUGCGGUUGCAUAUAAAGCCACCUCCUUCUGAUCAGCUAUGGCUUGCUUUCACAUCCAUGCCUGAUAUUGACUUUAACUUGGAGUCUUCUGUUGGGGAACACAGGAUAACUAAUGGCCAUAUUGCUGUAUUCCUGGUCAGUCGACUUAAGGCAGCAAUCCGGGAAACUCUAGUGCUUCCGAACUGCGAAAAUGUAUGCAUCCCCUGGAUGAUGGCAGAAAAGGAUGACUGGGUACCGAAGAAGGCAGCUCCAUUCAUGUGGCUUAACCAAGAAGCAAAUAAUGAUCCUACCACUGGGCAUGAGGUAACCGCCUCCCAACCUAUUGAAGCAAAAACCAAGACAGAAGUUAGUAGUAAGGAAACCUCCAGGGAUCCAGAAAGCAAGCAUCCAAAGCCCAAGACAGAAGUUAGUAAGGAACCUCCAGGGAUCCAGAAAGCAAGCAUCCAAAGCCCAAGACAGAAGUUAGUAAGGCAACCUCCAGGGAUCCAGAAAGCAAGUAUCCAAAGCCCGAGAAUUCUGUAUCAAUCAAUGAAUCUCCUGAUGUAUUAUCAGCCUCAACAAAUUCAGUUCAUAUCAGCGGCGGAACUUUGCAAGAAACGAGAACCCCUUCUUUGUUAAGGAAUGAUGAACCACAAGAAACUUGCAAGCAGGCGGAGGAAAUCCCAGAGAGUCAAUCAUCAUCAUCAUCUAGGUCUAUGAUUCAAUAUGAAAAACAGGACAGUACCACUGAAGACGAUGAUUUGAGGCCGAAGAGAGUUGGGGGGAGAAGAGCAAGAAUGCUUGAUUUUAGUAAGAAGGUGGGUGAGAAAAUUGAAGAAAAGAGGCGCCACAUUGAAGAGAAGGGUAGGAACAUUGUUGAGAAGAUGCGAGGACCGUGAAACAGCAAGAACCAAGGAGAGACAGCUGCCUUUGUAACAUAUGGAAUUGGCAGCAAAUACCAUUGUUCAAUGGAGGGAUGUGAUCUUAAUGAGGUCUCUCUGUUGUUUGAUGGUGAUCUUACUUGGGGUUCAUUCACAAGCAAUCAAUAUUUCAGGAUCCCCUUGAAUAUAGAAAGUCAUCUGUGUGAUUCUUCCUCAAGUUUACAUUGCACAAUAAAAUAGGGAUAUAAUAGAUUAGUUUUAGGUAGGGGGAAUUAUUAGCUUUACCGUAAGAAAUUUUUUUUUUUUUUUUUUUUGAUAUGAAAGAUGAAUAUACUGCUAAGCUUGAAAAAUGCUCUUCUUUCUCUUAUAGCAAGCAUGUUUUGACUUCUUUACAUCCAAAAUGGGUAAAUGAACAGCAUUAUCCUGAAAAUUUAUUGUAAUGAUUACCAUGAAAGAAUAUGUUAAUUAUAUGGUUUAAGUGCAAUCUUAAUAUUCUGAAA